UAAUCAUUUUGUUUAUGUGUUAUAUUUCUUUCUAAAUUCCCAGUGUGUAUAACUAAAAAAAAAAAAAAACGCUUAAAAAAGCAAAACGUCUAUUGUCUGUUAAUUAAUAAAUUUGGUCCAUCACAAUGACAAAUCCAAUCCUCGAAGUUGAUGAAUCAAUAAUAAAAAAAAAUCUUUUAUUACCCGAGACAAUAAAAGAAGAUGAAGAUAUUGAAAAACUAUUGAAAACAUUUGAUAAUAAUGUCCCAUCAAAGAUAAUAACACCGAAUCCUGGUCUUGUUAUUAAAACUAAAACAGAUAAUAAUGAAAAAAUAUUCAUAAAUAUAUGUCAUACAAAUGAAAUUCCACCACCAAAAAAUAUAACUGAAGAUGAAUUAUUAAAAAUUCUUGAUGAAGAAAAACCAAAUUGGUGUAUACCAAUGAGUGUUGGUCAUGAAAGACAUGAAGAUGAUAAAACUGGUGCAAAAUGUUUGACAUAUGACAUUGCAAUAAAUACAAGUUAUUUUGAUAAAAUUAAAAAUGAACAUACAUUUUUUGCAUUUACUGUUAUAACAAUGUUCUCAGCAAUUGGUGAAAAAAAUAAUCGUAUUAUUGAUGGACGUAAUUAUGUUGUACUUAAAAAUCGUAAACACAUUGGUAAACUUCAUGAUCAUCGUGUUGAAAAAAGAAAUGUUAAAUCAAUGAUUACAAAUACAUCUAACAAACCACUUAUUGAAGAAAUUACAUCAACAAAAAAUCAUGAUAAUACAAAAAAUACAAUAACAACAACAUCAAAAAAUACAGAUUACAUUAUUUUACGUAAACCAAAAAUUGGUAAUGCUGAAAAACUCAUUGGUUAUUUUAAAUUACCAGAUGAAUGUACAUUAAAAGAUGUUAAAGUUGAUAUUGGAGAUGAUAGAAUCAUCAUUGAUGCAUCAAAAUACAAUUAUUUAAUUGAUUUAUUUGUUCCUUAUGUUAUUCAUCAAGCAAAUGUUACUGCAAACAUGGAUCAACAUUUAAAUGUUCUUCAAUUAAAUAUGCCAGUUGAGAUAAUUUAA